AGUAGAGGAAGAGAAGACAAAGAAAAAGAGAGGACGAAGAGGGAGAAGGAGAAAUGGGGAGGAGUCCUUGUUGCUCCAAGGAAGGACUUAACAGAGGAGCAUGGACUGCCUUGGAAGAUAAAAUUCUCACAGCUUAUAUCAAAGCUCAUGGAGAAGGCAAAUGGAGAAACCUCCCUAAAAGAGCUGGUUUGAAGAGAUGUGGAAAGAGUUGCAGACUCAGAUGGUUGAAUUAUCUUCGACCAGAUAUUAAGAGAGGGAACAUAUCGCGUGACGAAGAAGAACUCAUAAUUAGACUCCAUAAUCUACUUGGCAACAGAUGGUCUUUGAUAGCUGGAAGGCUACCUGGGCGAACAGACAAUGAAAUUAAGAACUACUGGAACACCACCCUGGGGAAAAAGGCUAAAGCUCAGACAGAGUCAUCCUCACCGGAAAAUUCUGGACCCAAAAAGACAGCCACCGAACCCCAGAUCACCAAGCCAUCAAAUUCACCACCUGGUACAGCAACCAAAGCCUCCCAAGUUAUCCGAACCAAGGCCAUCAGGUGCACCAAGGUCCUGUACCCAUUACAGCCACCAAGUGAAGUAGUUGAAACUAACAAUUUCUUGUCUCCUCAAAACCCACCUGUGCCCGAAGAUCAAUGGAAUCGAAAUGAACUGCUCCAUGUGAUUUCUGGGUAUGAUGCAGAUUUCUUGAACUUUGGAAGCAGCGGUCAGAUUCAGACAUGCAUUAAUGGAGAAGAACAGUACUCCUUGCAACCAUUUGUAGAAGAGAUGUUGCAGGAUUGGACAAAAAAUCCUUGUCUGGAGGAGGACAACGCCAGUCUUGAUUUAGAUUCCUUGGAAUUGUUCCUCAACACUGAAGAAUGGCCAUGACACAGUAGAAAUUACUGUUUUAGCGAGUUAAAAAAAAAAAAUGUGUGAAUAAAAUCUAAAGAGACAAAAAGAGAUGUAUCUUUUCUCAUAAAUAUUUCUAUCUACCCAACCUAAUGUAAUCCCAUGUCAUGAUCAUGAAGCAGGAUAAUUUUAACUUUUAUAAGAUAAAUAAGAUGGUUUGUA